AGAAGGGUAUCACUGGGGAUUAUUAACCGAACUCAGGGUCACUAUAGCCCCGUGGAUUGGGAGUAUGGUCUUUACUGUGUGCCUAAUUGGGGAAUAUGUGGGUCACUAGGACCUAGCAGAGACUGUGCAGAGGAGACUGGUUUUGUCCCGUGCCGCUGGCGGGACAGAUACGGGUACCUGAGUUGAGGGAGAUAAAAGGAGGAGAGUCUCGAGCGCAGAGGAGGCUGUGAGGAGAAGAGGUGACGAGAGUGACGGCGCGUCUGCAGCGGGAGAGACGGAGACAAUCACCGGGUCCUGAGUGCGGAGCCGAAGAGGACUGACUCAUGAACAAUACUUACCGCUUUCCCUGAUUGAGUCACGAUCACCCCGGGCGGAGACUGAGCCGGAGUCGGGCGGAGUGGAGAGCCGCGGGGUCGAGCGGUAUGCACAUGCCGAGGAUCGCGUUGGCCCAUGAGGGAGACAGACACAGACUCAGUCACUUAUUGGCGCCCUGAGAGAACAUCUGCCCCGAUCUCAGGAGCAGGAACAGCAGACACAGUGCUUCGAAGGAACAGCAGAGACAUAGCAAUCUGUAGAAACAGCAGAGACAUAGCAAUCUGCAGAAGCAGCAGAGACACAGCGCUCCGCAGAAGCAGCAGAGACACAGCACUCCGCAGAAGCAGCAGAAACACAGCGCUCCGCAGAAGCAGCAGAGACACAGCACUCCGCCAAAGCAGCAGAGACACAGAGCUCCGCAGAAGCAGCAGAGACACAGUGCUCCGCAGAAGCAGCAGAGACACAGCGAUCUGCAGAAGCAGCAGUUACUAUUCCCUGAAGGAAAAGAAGAGACACAGAAGCACCAGGUAAAAGACAAUAUCUAGGAGACUCCACGUAGACACCAUGGACAACCAACAACACAGAGAUCAUCCUGCCACAAUUACUGAGCAUGAACAGAGUAGACGUCACACAGAGAGAAGAGCGGGGAUCUUGCACUGGGCUAGUACUGAUAUAACAUGGCUGCAAGAGCUUCUGAGGAGAAAUAAGGUGACCUGCGAGCCGCUCCCGCUCCCCAACGAAUGUAACUGGCGAGAUAUGGUGAUGGACAAAUCCCUGUGUGUCAUAUUGUACCACUCCCAGAAGUCACACAGAUCUAUACAUCACAUGCAGCAAUAUGUGGAUUACUGCAAGAGCAUUAAAGAUUCCAAUGACAUGUUGAUAAUAUGCGAUAAGGAACCAGAUAUAGAAUUUACUAAGUACAAUCGUAAUAAGAACCUACUCAUUAUCACUGAGGAAGAAAUAAACUCAAGCGGAUUGAUCGAACCAAAUACUGGGACAACCGGCAAAAAUGUGACUGAGCCGGCCAAGACAUUAAUGGCUAAAGUAAGAGCGAUACAAGAUCUACUACAGGAUCAAGAAAGAUCUCGAGAUUGGGAAAACAAAGCCAUUGGGAUCUUCUCCAGAUCAGAUGAUCGUGACUACUCCUGGCUGCGGUCAUUGCUCCAUAACACCCGCCCGUGUUAUAUCUCCAACAACGGUUACUUGCGGUUCAGAGAGGACGUGUCUCAGUGCACAUUUGGGAUCCUGUAUCACACCAAGAACAGAGGGAGGAUCAACGUUACCGAUGUGACUGAUUCUCUGUAUGACGAAGAGCUGAAACAUUUAUCGUCUGAACUUGGUCAGAAGAAUGUGAUUGUGGUGAUUGAUGAUUUGACGGACAGUAGUGAUGCCAUGAAGACCAAGAUCCAGGAAAAUCAGCCCAGUAUUGGGAGAAGGUCCCGUGCUCUGUUCCUCUUCAGUGAGGAGGAGAAAACGCCUGAAUGCAUUGAUUAUAUUAAAUCCCAUCGGGAGGUGAAUAAGAGAGAAGUUACAGAAAAGUUGGACAAAAUUCUGAAUUUCAUAAAGCCAAGAGGGUCACCAGCUCACACCGGAUAUCAGGAAAUAGCAGAGGAACCCCAUGACAUAAAUAUACUACGACGUGACCUGAUACAGAGGAUUGACACCUACAAGCUUGGCUACGGUUAUACCCGUAUCCUGCUACAGAUAUUUGGGUUUCAAAAAUCAGACGGAUCCUCCAUCAUCAAUUCUUUCAUGUCUGCCCUCACUAACGAGCCACAGGGAAAAAUAUCUGGAUCAUCAGUCCUGCUCAGGGGCGUCAUCUCCAUGAUGGAUAAUACAGAGUAUGUCUGUGAGGGAUACAGAUUUUAUCUUCAGCUGGGUCAUGUAACUCUGGAUGGAGAUUUUCAGGAGACCUUUGGGAAUGUAGCAGAUAAAAUACUCAGAGCAAAACAAAAUGGGGAUUUGUGUGUUCCAAUAUUUAUAUCCAGGGAACAGACAACAAUUCGGGAUCUCAAAAAAACUCUUCAAGAAAAAAACAUAGACACAGGAUUGCCUCCAAUUUUCAUCUUGAACAAGACACCCGCUGGAAAUACCAGAACUGCACCAGGGGACAAAGAUAUUAAAGUCAUUGAUCUGGGAAGGGAACCUGGUGCUAUAUCUGCGGAAUCACUUGGGAAAGACGGGAAACUGCUUAACAUCUUGAAAGAGGUUCUAGAUAAUGUGGAUAAGAAAUUACAGGCACCUUUAGAUAAGGAGGAAGAACAUAGGAAACUGCAGGUUGCAUUGCUGACAGCGAUGCAUGAGAUUUUUAUGCAGAAGAAUAAUAAAGAAAACAAAUCCUGCAGUAUUCUGUGAGUUACAGAGAUGCUUUGAAAAUCAAAGCUACAGAUUUGAAGAAGUGAACUGUAAUAUUGUACUUUACAAAUCAAAUAAAUAUAACUGAGCGUCUCAA